AUGGAGAACCAAACAGGAGUGAACAAAUUCAUCUUAAUGGGCUUGACCAGUCCCUUCAAAUUUCAGAGUCUGGUAUUUACAAUCUUUCUGCUUUUGUAUCUGGCUACAUUGAUAUGGAAUGGUGCUAUUAUUGUUGUACUUUUAGCUGAACCACACCUUCACACCCCCAUGUACUUUUUCCUUGGGAAUCUUUCCUGCUUUGACAUCUUCUUCUCCACAGUCACUGUACCAAAGAUGCUAGCUGGAUUUCUUUCAGAGCAGCAUACAAUAUCUUUCAAGAGUUGCAUGGUCCAGCUGCAUUUUUUCCACUUCUUGGGUAGCAGUGAAGUUAUUCUCCUUGGAAUAAUGGCCUAUGACCGCUACAUUGCCAUAUGCAAUCCUUUGUGUUAUACUCUCCUCAUGAGAAAAGAGGUUUAUCUCCUGAUGGCAGCAGCUGCUUGGUCCACUGGGUUUCUCCAUGCCUUGAUGCAUGCAGUGAUGACUGCUCGCCUUCCCUUCUGUGGACCAAAUCACGUUGAGCACUUUUUCUGUGACAUCAAGCCUUUGUUGAAACUGGCCUGCGGCAGCACACACCUCAACCUCAUGCUCCUCAGUAUUGUGACCACUUUUAUUGUUAUGGGCCCUUUUAUCUUCAUACUUCUCUCCUACCUCUAUAUCCUUACUUUCCUUCUUUUAAAGGUUAAGUCCUGGAGAGGUUGGCAAAAAGCCUUCUCCACUUGUGGGUCCCACCUAAUUGUGGUGGCUUUACUUUACAUUCCAGUGUUGUUUAACUACAUGCUUCCCACUGUGGGUACCUCCUCUCAACAGGACAUGAUAGUAACCCUCAUAUAUAGUGCAGUUACCCCAGUUUUAAACCCAUUUAUUUAUACACUGAGAAAUCAGGAGGUUAAAAUAGCAAUGAAAAAAAAAUGGGCCCCCCAAAAAAUAUCACUUUUUGGUGAAUAG